AUGAUAACUAACGCCGCCCCCACCGAGACCCUCUUUCCGGAUUUUUUCUCCCUUAAUCCCAAAGUUCGACGGAAAAAUAGUCCGAGUACUCGGUCUGGAGAUCGGCAUAAGAAAACUAGUAAAACUCGUUACCGGGAAAAAGUCCUAAUUCAGGAAUUAGAAACUCUGGGUUUCGUAUGCAAGAGAAACCAACAGUUUACGCAGGGUCAAUACUUAUUGGCUCAUUUGAUUAUGAGGCAAAGGCGAAGACUAGAACAAUUACUGGCUGGCCAACCCCGUUUAAUUAGACGAUUUCUAGCCGAGAUUAAAGCAAGUUUUCAGGCCCUUCGAGUUUACGACCGGCCCGACGAACCCGGACGAAGAAGUUUAGCUUGUUUAGCUUUCACUCAUCCCGUAGUUUUGUCUAAGGUGCAAGGCUGCAUCCUGGAUUUUGACCCUAAUAAAAAAUUGGCUAAUGGGGAAUACAAACUUCCCUCGGAAAAAUUACGCCAAGAAUUAACGGUCUUGGUUCGGAAAUAUCAUAUUCCGGCUUAUUGGCAAACCCCUACCCCUGGCAAUUCUCAUAUUCCUUGGCCAAAAAAGACCCACGAAGCGAAAGGAUUUAAAAUUUAUCAUCCCGCUUCGGGGUAUUCCGUGGGUGAUGGGUUAGGACCGGGAAGAGUAGAAGCUAGUGAAAAAGUUUUAAACACCAUCUUUCUUUCCCGCUCGAAAAAUUCCGUGGUAAAGACUGCUAAAAAUUAUCCUAAACCUAACCACCCGAAGCAAAAUCCUCUAGUUAUCAAGCCCGGAGAAAGAAAACAAGUAAGAGCCAAAAUUGUAGACUUAAUUGCCGACUUUCGAGCGAUGAAAAACGGAACUACUUAUCACAAGGUUCGUUUCUGUUUAGAUAAGCAAGUUGGAGAUUGUUUUCUUUCUUAUCACCGGGAACAGUGUCUUGGUCCUCUCCAAUCCCAAUUGGAUAAAUAUUGUGAUUUAACCUUACGCGGCGGCCAGAGUUUAACUUGA